GCAACUUUUUAAAAAUUUGAGCUGAGCAACCCCCCCCCCCAAGCUAGGCAGCUAACAAGUCGAUCUGCUUGUCUGUCCCACGCCCCCUCCCUUUCUGCGGUUUCCCUCUUUGCCCAUCAGAGGAAGAAAGCAAGAGACACACAGAGGGAAACCGAGAGAGAGGCGAUGCUUCAGGAGGAUUAACUAUCCCCACCGAAACUUCCUGGGAGGAAGAGAGCAAGAGGAGGAGGAGAACAACAACAACAACAAGAAGAAGGGAGAAAUCCUCCUUGAUUUAGAUCCAGUCUUGCGCCUGGUUUCCAGAGUUGAAUGAGUGGCAAUGUGUAACAAAGCGCUUCUCGCCCUGCUGGUCUAUGGGAUAAUCAUGCACUGCAGCGUCUACUGCUCGCCUGCUGCUGGACUCCAAUACCCCGCGCUGAGUAGGCUGGAAGAUGAAGCGUACGACGAAGACGGCAACACCCUGCCCGACUACGCCUUCGACAGCGAGCCCCUCGGGAUAGCCGACCCUUCCUCCAUGCUGGACGACGUGUACACCUUGUAUUACCCACCGGAAAAGAGGCAUGCGGAUGGGAUCUUUAAUAAAGCCUACAGGAAAGUCUUGGGCCAGUUAUCGGCGAGGAAGUACCUUCAUUCUCUGAUGGCCAAGCGGGUGGGCGGAGCGAGCGGCCUGGAGGAUGACUCGGAACCGCUUUCCAAAAGGCACUCGGACGGCAUAUUCACAGACAGCUACAGCCGCUACCGAAAACAAAUGGCUGUCAAGAAAUACUUGGCAGCAGUCCUGGGGAAAAGGGUUGAAGAAAUUACUAUUCUCCAUUUGCUACUGUACAUAGACAAAGAUGCCCUGCUACAAGGGGAAUAUGAGGCUAUUGAUUUGGGAGAAUUACUGACGCAGUUCCUUGCCCCGGUGAGUCUCCUGUCAGGCUCCUUUGACACGUCCUCCCUCCUUCCCCUCUCCCUCCCCCCCCUUGCUAGAGAUGACAUUUCCCUGCUUUACUCUGACUGCCCUUUUUUUCUAUGUAUCUGGAUCUGCUCUGAGACCAAGUGAAGAACGGAGCCUGCAAGACUGUUUAAGGUGCAUCGGCCACCCCUCGCUCCAGAACCCCUCUCUCCUAGCCACUCCUCUCAAUUGGGGGCGCGCACGCAAAGGAGCGCCUCUCCCUAUCUGUUCGAGGCCGGGGGUAGGGGAGAGGGGAUGAAGGGUCAUGCCGAUCCGCCUUAGCGGUUGUGAGCAGAGAGGACCAGGGUCCGGUAGUUUAAGAGACGAUUGUAGUUCAGCAGGAUGCAAAUUGUCGAAAUAAAUAGUUGAGCCCCAAUGAGAAAUCCUGGAAGAGUUGUUCUUUCUGGUUUCUGGGAUAGCAGACUAAGAAGAGGGCCUGCUACCACGGGGGAAAGCGUUUCCCAUAUGCAGGUGUGUGUAUACACAUAUAGAUACACAAUGCACUGUGUAUAAAUAUAUACAUAUCUCACACUAUGCAUAUGUAGGGUCCAGACUUAGCCAUGCUCAGUCUAGAUCGAUGCGUCAACUCUAAGAACGCCUAAAUAUGGAUCCAACCCUGAGGUAGCCUCAGGAGUAAUAUGUUCGAUCCGUUAGGAAGUUCGGAGUUCAGAUCUAGGGCGGAAUAGAGAAGAAACGACCCCCUUAUCCCAUCCCUUUGGGUUUUGGACUUGGCACAGUCUAGGUUCUAGGAGUUAAAAAUAACCUGCCCCAUCAGGCCGGAUCUAUUCAUGCAGCAGACGGAGGUGAAACUCGUGAUGGCAAAGUGGACAAUAGCACUUCAGAAAGAAAGA